AGCACGAAAGAAAUAUGUACCCCACUAAGCAAUUGAACUUCAAAUUCAUAUGAACCUUCAAAGUGUUCAGUGGGCAUGCUGUUGAGGAAUCACUGGUGAAGAGGAUAGAGAUGGCAGGUUACAGUUGGACACAUUCAAGCCAAGAAAGGGACCCCAGGAAAAGAAACAUGGCCUGGGCAACUCCUCCCUCAUCCGCCGGGAGGAGUCGGUCGGGCCACAGGGGGUAUGACGGAUAUGAAGCAUACACAAGAACGACGGGGCAGAGAUACAACUCUUCUGAGGUUGAACAGUCGUAUCCUAGUUAUUCUCAGUCAUCAAACCCAGGGAAAGAUAUAUGGGACUCAAGACCGCCGGUUAGACCCCAGAGUGCCUCGGUGCCUGGUAGGCCAGAAAGAAGCUUUAUCCGACGAAGCUCUGGAUUAGACCGGAUACCAGAAGCUUCAGCUCAGGACAAAUAUUCUCCAGUCUACAGAACAACAUUCGAGGAGACAUACCUUGUCCCUAAAGAACCGGCCAAUUCUCACAUAGCCCCUGAUCGACCGUGGACUGCAGGACCUAGGAUUAGUACCAAAGAUUUCGAGUUGUUUAAAGACAGGGUUCAAGUAGACUGCCGGCCGGAACGGCAUCAGUAUAACCGCUGGCAUCAUUAUGAUUAAAAUAAUGGACUCUUCUAUGGAUUAAUGAUAGUUGCUGAGUUACAAAAGAAAUACAUUGUCCUCACGGACCCAAUUUAGCAGACAGUUGCCGAUCCCGAUUCUCGACCCCGGGAUAGACGUGACUUUCUCGGAAGGAUUUUACAGUGAGUCAUUUAUUAAUCAAAGUCUAUAUUGGAGCAAGCGACACAAGACGGUAUCCUCAACAACGGCCACAUGGCUCCACUAAAACGCAGCGCAAACGAGCGAUUUAUGUCGCUGCUAUACUGCGAUUAUUAUCACUACUGUGUCCGACAAAAAGAUAUCUCUUGUGUAACGUGAAGUCCUGAAACUACAUUGCAUUAUCUUUGCCCCAAUUGAUCUGUUGACAUAUAAUAAUAUCAUGUUAAUAAAAAACCGAUUCAUUCUGUUAAAC